AUGGCCUAUGACCGCUUUGUGGCCAUCUGCAACCCUCUUCUAUAUAUGGUCAUCAUGUCCCAGAAACUCUGUGUGGGCCUGGUUUCUGGCUGCUACCUAUGUGGAACUGUGUGUUCUCUUAUUCACAUGUGUUUAGUUUUUGAAAUACCAUCCUAUCAUUCAAAUGUGAUUAACCACUUCCUAUGUGAUCUACCUCCUAUCUUAUCACUUGCCUGCUCUGAUGUGUCUGUGAAUGAACUGAUCGUGUACAUUGUAGCCACAUUCAAUGAGAUCAUCACCAUUGUAGUCAUUUUUACUUCCUACAUGUUUAUUCUCAUCACCAUCCUGAGGAUGCGCUCUGCAGAGGGAAGGCGAAAAGCUUUUUCCACCUGUGCAUCCCACUUCACAGCCAUUGUUGUCUUCCAUGGAACAAUUCUUUUCAAUUACUGUCGGCCCAACUCUGGCAACAGUCCAGACACAGACAAGGUAGCUGCGGUGUUCUACACUGUGGUGAUUCCCAUGCUGAACCCCCUGAUUUACAGCCUGAGAAACAAGGAUGUGAAACAAGCUCUCAGGAAAAUGAUGGGCCUCAAAAUAUUUGUUUAG